AUGGCUUCUGAACGUAAACGACAAAAGUUAGAGGAAGAAUCCGAUGUACAAAGUAAGAAGAAACCGUCAGCGUUGUUUCUUCCCACUGAUGUGAUUCUUGAAGUGGAAGGUAUAAAGCUGUACGUCCGUAAACAGGUAUUAGCGGACAAUUCUCCAGUGUUUAAGCGGAUGCUUGAAUCGGAUUUUAAGGAAAAACAUCAAAUAGAGAUCCCACUGCCUGAAAAGAAAUGCGAGGACGUCGAAUUAUUUCUGCGCACUUUUUAUCAUCCUGACAUCUUAUGUCCGAUAUCAAAAGACACAGUACUAUCUAUUCUACCACUGGCCGAAGAAUACCAAGUGUUAAAGGUUAAAGAGAGGUGCGAAAAAUGUAUGGUCCAAACACUUCAGUUAGUCAACCAGCAGGGAAUGCACAGGGCUAAUGCCAAAGCUGUUCUGAAUUAUGUUGCAAGUGCAGAGUUAUAUAAUCUUUCAACAGCUUUGCCACUAGCCAUACAAAUAUGUGCAAAGUAUGACGAAAAAUCGCUGAAGCAAGCCGGCAUCGAUACACUGGUUUCUGAAAAGAUGUUGAUGACGAUAACCAAGGAAAGAAAUAAAUUGCUGGAGACCUUGACGAUCACAAGGAUACAACAGGGGUUAUAUGCAUCGGUUGUUGAAAACUUUCAUGUACUUAGUGGAAUGAUGAGAGAGGAGAGAAAAUCAUUAAUGACGGAAUACGAAGAAAAACUAACCAGGGCAUGUGAAAAAUCAAAAGCAAUAAAUGCUAGCAGUCUUUUUGGGCUUAUCAUAGCUGCAGACCAGUUGAAUCUGAAACAACUCCUGCCAGCUGCCAUAACACUAGCGUCUAGGUGUUGCUUCGAUGAUUUGAAAAACACCCCAGAAUACGACGAAAUAUCAGAUUGUAUAAAACUUAGAAUAAGCGAAGAAAGAAUAUCCCAUGUUGAACGUUACGGAAACAUGAGAGAUGUUCAAAUAAAAACAUAGCAGUGCAAUUUUUUCCCCUGAGACUUUCAGUUAGAAGAAGUACCUGUUGAGUUUAUUGUGGAUAAUGUUACUGAAGAAUGUGUCAUUGUGUGAGAUUACCGCCAUCAUGCGUCAUGUACCUGUUAAAUUAUUCACAAUCCAUCAGAAGGA